UUCAGCAUGAGGCGAGGUGGAUGGCGGAAACGAGCUGCCGAAGGCGACGGAUGGGGAGUAUGGGGUGGGUACAUGUCGGCAAAGGUUAAGAAGCUGGAGGAUCAGUUCCGGUCAGAGUCAGCCAUACAGCAACAGAGGGAUGGGAAUUCAUCAAGUAUCUUCAGUGGAGUUGCCAUCUAUGUCAAUGGCUUUACAGAUCCCUCAGCUGAUGAAUUAAGACGGCUAAUGAUGUUACAUGGAGGCCAAUACCAUGUGUACUACUCCAGAUCAAAAACAACUCACAUCAUUGCCACCAAUCUGCCAAAUGCCAAAAUAAAAGAAUUGAAAGGAGAAAAGGUAGUUCGGCCGGAGUGGAUCAUGGAAAGCAUUAAAGCUGGGCGUCUCCUCUCACACAUUCCCUAUCAGCUUUACACCAAGCAGUCAAGUGUUCAAAAAGGUCUCAACUUCAACAGCAUAUGCAAACCUGAAGAUGCCAUGCCAGGUCCAAGCAAUAUAGCUAAAGAUCUCCACAGGGUAAAUCAUAUUAAAAAGUGUGAAAUGGAAAAUGAGAUCACACCCAAUGGAAUAAGUAGCUGGAAUGAAGACGAGGAAGAAGAAAGUGAGGAUUUUGGAUUUACAGAGCUGGAGGAGAUUCUUCCCAUACGGAAACAGAAUGGGAUUCAGUCUCACAAAGACAGCACUGCCAUUUUUAAUGGACAUACACACACUUCUACCAGUGCCUUAAAGACACAGGAUUGCUCGGUGCCCUCCGGCAAUGGUGUUGCAAGCAGGUUCUCCCCAGGCCCUGUGCAGGAGGAGGGGAAGACUGAAAAAGGCAUGGUUGACUUUAGAGACUGCACAAUGCAGCAGUUGCAGCAAAGCAACAAAAGUACAGACUUUCCGUGGAGUCCACAUAGGACUAUGAGUAACUCAUCCUCAUCUUCAUCUUUGCACAGUAAUGCUAAAAUAAAUGGUGCUCACCACUCCACUCUUCAGGGGCCUUCAAGCACAAAAAGCACUUCUGUACCUACUCCUGGCCAGGCAGCUUCCUUACCUGUGUCCAAACCUUCAGAUUGUAGUUUUAUUUCUGACUUUUAUUCACGUUCAAGACUGCAUCAUAUAUCAACGUGGAAGUGUGAAUUGACAGAGUUUGUCAACAGCCUGCAGAGAAAAAACAGCGGUGUCUUUCCAGGAAGGGAAAAGUUAAAAAAACGGAAAGCAGGCAGGUCUGCUCUUAAAACUGACCCAGGUAAUGUGUCUGUUGCGAGCUCAGCCAAGCCACAGAGCUGUAUAAUGCACGUGGACAUGGAUUGCUUCUUUGUGUCUGUGGCUAUCCGAAAUAGACCAGAUCUCAAAGGAAAGCCAGUGGCUGUGACUAGUAACAGAGGUGCAGGAAAGGCUUUGCUGCGCCCUGGGGCCAACCCACAGCUCGAACUGCAGUAUUACCAGAAUAAGCUCUUGAAUGGCAAAGCAGAAAUUAGAGUACCUGAUAAGUUGGACUCAUCAGUCUGGGAUCAUCCAGAUUCCACACGUGUGAACGGAACUGACCUCGAUCUCACUGUCCUGUCCAUGGCUGAAAUAGCUUCUUGUAGUUAUGAAGCCAGACAAGUGGGCAUAAAGAAUGGAAUGUUUUUUGGCCAAGCAAAAAAGUUGUGUCCAAAUCUUCAGGCGGUUUCGUAUGACUUCGAUGCGUACAAGGAAGUUGCACGGACAGUAUAUGAAAUAUUAGCAAGCUAUACUCAUAACAUCGAAGCAGUCAGUUGUGAUGAAGCACUAGUAGAUAUCACUGAAAUCCUUACAGAGACCAGAGUGACUCCUGAUGAGUUUGCAAACGCUCUCCGCACCGAGAUCAAAGACCGAACGAAGUGCUCUGCUUCUGUUGGCAUGGGUUCCAAUAUUCUGCUGGCCAGAAUGGCAACUCGUAAAGCAAAACCAGAUGGACAGUAUCACUUAAAACCUGAAGAAGUGGAUGAUUUUAUCAGAGGGCAACUUGUUACCAGUCUUCCAG